AUGAUAAUAUUUUUCAGUAGCUACUUUAUCACUGCAUCAAGUGUCUUCAGACCAGGGCAGCCAUUUAAACUCAGAGUCUGGCUGAAUGAUACUGUGACUGACCCAGUGAACAUAACAUGUGGUAUCUUGGACGUCAAGCUCAAAACUGUGAUUGCAAGCAAUAGUGACACAUUUGCGAACGGUCAAGUUCAGUAUUUGCACAUGUACCUCUGUUUAUUCUUAAAUUAAGAAUAAAUAUUAAAAUCAAAAAUUUUUAUAAAUCUUUUCAUGUUAUUUUUGCAGGAUCUAGUAAGGAAAUUGCAUUACAGGUACUCAUGCAUGAUACUUUUUGCUCUUAUCAAAAUUUUUUAUCAAUUUUGUUAUGUGAGUAUUUGAGUCUUUACUUGUAGAUUCACCCAAGUAUGAAUUUUAGUUUUACACGAAGUGCCUACUAUCAGCUUUUUUUUUAAUACUAUAUAGAAACAAAAUAGUGAAUUAUGUAAAAUUUGUAUCUUCCAGGUUCCCUAUGGCGUUGCAUCGACAACUGUUACAUAUACUUUGUCAGUCAAUGGGACAGGUGGUACCAAUUUCUCUAAAACAAAAUAUGUUCGCUUUAUGGAAAAGGGUUUUAGCAUUUACAUUCAGACUGACAAAGCUGUGUACAAACCGGGACAAAAAGGUAACUUAGCUUAUUAUACACCUCUUUGAUUUGCUCCUAGAUCUAAAAAGUUAUUUGGCUUGGUGAUGGCCAUCACUUCUUGUAUGGUUAAUUCUGUAAUAAUCUUCCUGAGAGGCCUUUUAAAUUCUGUUGCGUUCAGACAGGAGUCUUAUGAGUAUUAAGUGAUACCUAUCAUUUUUUAAUUUGGAAAUUUACUGUUACAUGCAUCUUAGGGACAGGUGAUGUGUUGAUUUUUGGGAAAAAAAGAGUGAUAUUUAUUACCAAUACCUUAUAACUGGAAUUGUAUGGCCUUCAGAGUUAAACUGUAAUAGAACUCCAGCAAGAGGGCCAUUUAAAAGAAAUUAAAGGAGGUGUAUACAGUUAACCAUGCUCAAUUAAACCAUAAAUAAAACUGUUUCAGGGUAUGGCCAUGUAGAUGUAUAUCCAGAUAUAAGCUAUAAAAAAAUAUUUAGAUGCAGAAGAAGAUUGAAUUUGUCAUAAUUUUAUCUCAAUUUUUUUAAUUUUCAGUUCUCAUGAGAAUCUUUGGAGUGCAUCCAGACUUAAAACUGUACACUGGCAAUGUGAGUAUAAUGAACUUACACAUGUAUAAUGAUUAUUUUCUCCCAUAAGUGAACCAUAAACAACUUUAUUGAAAAUAGCUUGCAAUGUUGCAGUCACAAUAUAUUUCAAUUCAUUGCAGUUAAUAUACAUUAAUGUUAAUUUAUCUAAAACCAAGAAAAAUAGAAAUUAAAUUACACUGUAUACCUAGCAUAAAAUAUUUUUGACCUAAUUUAUCAUAAACCCAAAAUUUCAAGUUGUAAGUGUCUCUUUAAUUUGACUAAAAUUUUAACAAUUCAUUUAAUUUUUGAGUCUUUUCUAUAUUUUCUUAACAGCUGACUGUGGAUAUAUUGGUGAGUCAUUUGGAUUAUGGAUUUUUUUCAAUUAAGUUUUUCAAUUAUUCAGUUAAUAUAGUCAUACGUAAAGGCAUGAACACGUAUGGUUGAAGUAAUUAGUAUUUAUAUAUUUAAUGUUUUCAAAGACUACAUUUAAGGUAGUUUAAAAAGUUAAAUUUACUUUUAUUUUUGAAAUUCCUUGCUUUAAUCACAGGAUCCCAAUGGUAAUAAGAUGGCUCAUUGGGUCAAUGUUAACAGCCAGUCAGGUUUGGUAGUUUGUUUGUUUGUUUUUGUUUAGAAAAUUUCUUUGCCUUUUACUAGUUUUUAGCAAUCAUCAGUGGGAAUUGUUUACGAUUACAAUUUUUUUUACCAUACUGAUAACUUAGGCAUGCUUAACAAAGAUAAAAGCAUUUAUUUAGCUAAAUGGAAAAAUAAAUAGGAGAUUUGUAUUUGAUGAUAAAUAGAUGAUCCUGUUCUAUUAUUUUCAGGUGUCAUCAAGAAGGAAUUUCUCCUCUCCACUCAGCCAGUAGAGGGAAAUUGGAAAAUCUCUGUUACAGCUGCUAAGGUAUUGGAUACAAACAAAUUGAAUAUAAAAAAGGAGUAAAUUUUAGUUGUUCCUACAGUAUGCUUGAGUAAGCCAGCCUGGAAAGUGUAUACUUCCUAUCUGUUAUUCAAUUCAAAUACUGUAAGGAAUUAGUAAUCAAGUCAUGAUUUUUCUUCAAAGUACAGCACUGGGAAAAAAUUGCACUCUUUAUGAUUUGUGCAUGGAUUAAUCACCCAUUCAAAAACAAAACUACAGCCCUCUAUUGAAAUAACAACUGGAAAGAGAAAGAAUUAUUGUGAUAUCUAUUGAGUAGUUAUGAGGUGAGGGGUAUAUUUGGGGCUACUUACACAGAGUCUAACCUGUAUUAGGUGGCACUGAAUUAAGCGAUAACCACGUAUUAAGCAGUCAGCUGCCUGUAAAGGCCAGGAUUUGUAUCUCCCUGUAAUUUUCACCUCUUUUAAGGGGUCACCUCUACUAAGCGGAUUGAACAGUCAGUGAAACCAGGACCACUCAAAUAAAUCUGAAAAAAAUUUCUAUCAAACAGUUUUUAAUCCAUGGCCUCUCCCAAAAUCAAAGUAAGUAAUAUUUUCAAGGAAGGUUCUUCACAGUAAGUGGUCAAUUAUGGCAUAUGGUGGCAUUGUUUAUCGCUUUUUUAUAAUACCCCUAAUCUAUCUGUGAAACCUGUAUUAAGCAGUUAACUUGUAUUAAGAAGCCACCACACCAUUCCCUGUGGGUGACAACUUAACACAGGUUCAACUUUACUUGAAAUAAUUCACCUGUAAGUCUGAAAUAUUUCUUAUUUUUUUGUGGUUAGGACCAGAAAGCAGAACAAGUUAUAGAAGUAAAGCCAUAUGGUUUGUAAAUGUUCAUCCAUUUAAAAUCAUUACAAACACAUUGAUUAUUCAAAUUUAAAUCCAUCCUUCAUGGAUUUUUUUUCGUCAAAUGUACAAUGAGUGUAUUUUAAGCCUGUUUAAGUACUGUUUUGUUUACAGCAAAUUACACUAACUCUAGAUGAUUUUAUAUGGUGAUUCUUCUGUGCUCCUCACCUAGGAGGUUAAGUUUGUAAUUUAAUCACCAAAAAAUAAAAUGCAGCUAUUCAGGACUGUAAAAUUAGAAACACUUAAAAAUAAUUGACAGUGUAUAUUUUGCUUUUGUUUGCAGUGCUACCCAAAUUUGAAGUGAAGGUGAACCUUCCAGAUUAUGCCCUUGAGAAAGAAAAAUAUAUCCAUGGUUCUGUUGAUGUCAAGUGAGUUCCUUACCUUAAAAGAACAUCAGCAAAUUUUAAGCCGCUGGAAUUGAAAUAUUUUAGGGAUAAGUAUGUUCUAAACCAAAGUUGACUUGUUAUCGGUUUAAAAAUUGGCAUCUUUCUCUUAGUAUAUAUAUACACGUAGAUAGCUGGGUUCUGCAUACUUCACCAACCUCCAUGACCUUCCCCCACCCACCACUCCCUCCCUGUUUCUAUAUUGACAUCACUUGGCACAUCUCUUUUGCAUUAAGUAGCCCUUAAACUCAAAAGAGUGACCAGGAAGUAAUUUCCUAUCAUCCUGGCCCUAGUUUUUCAAAGGGCAGAUAACAAUCUGACAGAUAAAUUGCUAUCUAGUGGAUAAGAGCUAACAAAAUGUACAGCACUAUCCAUUGGAUAAAGAUUUAUCAAAUGGAUGGCAUUAUCCACCCCUCAAACAACCAGGAUCUGAUGCGGAGUGGUAUUUAGAAGCAAGAAAAUUGUAGACUAGAGGAUGCAGCUCAAUUGAACAUCAAAUUAUUUGGGGCUUAAGUCCUGAGAAAUAUAUGGUAAAUAGUAAGGAGAAUUACUUGAUAUCACAAAUAAAAAGGCUAACACACUUCAUGAACAUUUUACUAUUGGAUCCAGUAAGUGCAUUGAAUAGUGAUGUUUCAUUCCUGAUAUUGUUAUUUUUUCUUUUCUAAAGGUAUACGUAUGGAAAGGGAGCCAAAGGUCGGGCAAAUAUUCAGUUGUAUUUUCCUUAUUUCUGGCAUCAAAAGAAGCCCACGUAUGCUAAAGAUGUUCCUGUAAGUACCAGGAAGUAUUGUGAGAAUUGCAUGUACACUGUAUGUCUAUAAAAACUAACUGCUUUUAUGUGUUCCAGGUUGUUGAUGGCCAUGGAAAAUUUUCAUUCAGAAUGAAGGAUAUUAAUCAGUUAUUCAAAAAGAGUUUUGGUGAUUACAUGGAUGACAGCUUCCUCUAUAAAUAUGGUUACAGAAUGGAGGUCAAUGCAACAUUUUACGAGGAUCUCACUGGAAAGAAAGCCGCUGGCCUAGGAAGCAUUUCUUUUCAUGAGAUAGACGUGAAGUUGCAAUGGGCUGAAUUCAAUCCAGAGAACUUCAGACCAGGACUACCUUACACAGCUUUGGUAAUAAAUUGCUAAAACUUAUCAGAUCAAACUAUAUCUUGUUGCAUUUUUGAUGUUAAGCUUUUAUGUUUGUCUGUUGGAUGACUUUUUUUUAAAAUACUUGAUUAUUUGUGGAGGUGUUUUUGAUUUGGCUUUGUUUGUUUCUUCCCUCAUGUCUUUGUUUUUUUUUGUUAUCUUUUUUCGUAAUAACAUGAUGUUCAGUAUGAACAAGCUCUACUUUUACCCUAGAGAUUACUGGGGCAAAUCAAAAUGGAAAUUGUUGGAAAAUUUUGUUGUAGGAUGAAUCAUGAUCCAUGAGGUAGCAGUCUGAAUGGGGGAGAUGCUUGUGUUUGCUUAUUAAGAAAUUUGUCCAGUAGGUUCUAUCACAGCUUUCAUUAGCCUGCUAAAAUGAGCAGAGAUCCAUAAGUCAGCAAGUAGACAGCAGUCUGCUUGCAGUCUACUUGCCUUUCCUUGACCGAGAAAUUGGUCAAGACCUAAUAGCAUGCUUCAUCACAGCUUUCAUUAGCCUGCGAGCAGUCUCUUAUCAUUGGUGUUGCAGGAUUUACAUUUCUCUGCCCACAGGAAGAUUAGAGACAAAUCGCAGUGAGGCUUACCGGGUAGUCUGGCACUAAUAACCAUGUUAGACCCCUUACAGACGUCUUUCAAGGCCUCAUACUUUCCAGUGGGUGGAGUAAUGCCUGUGCUGAAUUUCUAAUAACGGGAGCUACUUUCAGGGUAAGCUUUUAUUUGAUAAUCAAGAUACUGACUUUACUUCCCUGUGUAUUGUGUUUAGGUUACUGCUGUGCAACCAAACAAUGAGCCACUCACUCCUAGUAGACUGCAAGAAAUUCAGGGUAAAAUCAAGCUAACGACUAAGUAUCAAUGGAAUGACAAAGGGACUGAAGAAUUUUUGCCGCAUUCAAGUGAUGGAAGUUUCAUCAUUACAAAGGAUGUUCCAUCCUCUGCAUAUUAUGUAUCUUUAAAGGUUUGUUAGAGGGUUUUCAUUAAAAAAUGUAGUGCUAGGAAAAUAGUGCAAGGUAACUAGAGAAUAUCCUCCUUUUCUUGAUAUAGAAUAGUUUUUAAUCCAUGAAAUAUUUUUGCUCCCUCUCUCUUAUCAUAGGUCUAAGCAAGCGCAUCACCUGACCAAAUAUACCCCAGCUAAAACUGGAGAAUAUCCAGUGAACCAGUGAUACCCCCAAGUGAUAUUCAAAACCUUACAUUCACUAUGAUAAAGAUCUUCCUCUACAAUUUCAUUUGAGACGAGAGCAUUUUUCUUUUGUUACUAACAGGAGAAUUAACAUGUUUGUUUUUUCAUUAAGUCUUACUAGAGAAAAUUGAAAAGGAAACAAUAUCCCAUAAAGGAAAAAUUUAAACCGUAAACAAUUUUCCUGCGCGUUCCAAAAAUACUUGAAGAACGAAAAACACAAUUGCAUCCAUUUGGUGGGAAAAUGUGCUUGUAUAUAGGUUUGUUCUUGGAUAUUAUCAAUUCCUCGUAAUUCACAGUCUUCCCCAAGCAUCUCAGAACAGACCAUGUCUGAAGACAAAUAUCCGAGCAUAUUUUUUGUGCCAAAUAAAGGCUAUUAGUAAUUUAGACUAUGAAAAUGUAGCUGGAGAAUGAACACCCAGAUAUCAUGGUCAGAAAAUUGUUCGUUUUUCACUGGCUUGUUUGUUUCAUUUUGUAUCUAUCACCAUCAAUUCAGUGAAGUCUGACUGAAGCAAACUUUAAGUGGACACAACCUGUAUUAUAGUACACCAGCCAAGGUCAUUAUUUUGUCCCAAUUCUGUCAGUAAAAUGUUAUGGGAUAAAUUCAGAAUAAUGCAAUGACAUUGACAUAUAGCCCACACACAUGCAGUUAUUUUUGCCAUACGACCCUAUGAUAUGGGUGAUGUAAAUUCAAAAUUUUGAACUCUGGUACUGUGUAUUUAUUAUUUUUUUCCAUUUUGCAGGCAGAAUAUUACGAAGGUCUGAAAGGAACAUGGGCAUAUUUGUCAGCUUCUAAGGCCAGCUCACCAAGCAAAUCUUUCUUACAGUUAUCAACAACCACACCUUCAGUGAAGGUUCCAUCAGUUUUUCACUACAGUUAUUUUAACUAAGUGACUUGAAAAUACUAAUUGUUUGGUUAGUCGUAGUGUACAUGUAGUUGAAAGUAAUUAUGGAUGUAGAAUGAUAUUUUUUGAACCUAUUUGGGCUGUAAUGUAUCAGAUAACUUCAAACCUUUAGGGGACACUGAGUAGGCUGAAUCAGAAUAUGCUUUAUAAAAUAAUUCAAAUAGUACGCGCGCUCUGAUUGGCCAUAAAACCAUUUUACAUGAGCGUAUGUAAACACGGUUUUCGUUCCUCUUUCAUUAGUUAUUUUAUAAAAGAAAUGUAAAAUGGUUUCCGUGUUUACAUAGCCUGAUGUAAACACGCGAUAAGCUGGAUGUAAACACUCGAUAAGCUGGAAACCACUCCGCUUCGCGUCGUGGUUUCCUACGCUUAUCUCGUGUUCUCCCAACCUCCCGCGUGUUUACAUCAGGCUAUGUAAACACGGAAACCAUUUUACAUUUCUUCAGUGUUCCUCUGAAGCAUAAGUGGCCAGCAUUUUCGCCAGCUUCUUCUUAUUUAAGCGCCGGCUACCUAAUAAGACGAAGCAGUGAAGUGCCUGUCUUGAUCCAAAAUAAAACUAAAACUUUGCUGGCAAGUGUUUUUCUAUGGUUGGCCGCUAAUGAAAAACACUGUGGAGGACACUGAAUUUUGUUACUUACAUAUCAGUAUAUAAACACAUAAGUAAAUUGAUAUUGUGAACGGAAAGGUACUAUUAAUUCUCUCGAUGUACCUGUUCAACAGUAAUGUUUAAGCUCCAUUUUGAGGCUGUUGUGAGUUUACACACUAUUGUUUACAGGCUGGUGAUGUAAUAGCAUUGGCCGUGGAGGCUACUUUCCAACUUUCAGAGUUGAGAUAUAUGGUAAGUUAACUAUCGUAAUUGUUUUACAGUAAAUGGUUUGAACCCGGGAGUAACAUGUAAUAGAGUAGUUUGAUCGUCCGGGUGAGUGUAGUCCUGAGAAGGACUGUUGUCGGUAGUGGUGACAUACGUUUCGACAACCUGAGCGGAAGUCAUCAUCAGAGUCAAGUGAAAGGUUGUUGUCAGUCGAAUGUACUUAGUCCAGUUCGUGUACACUGAUUGGUCAGUUUUGCCGUGAUGUUAUUGGCUGUAAGACUCAAGUGGCGUAGGUCAGUCGUGAUUGGUCGGUUUGGAUCCGUUAGUGAAGUUAGGUCGUUCUGUCCUGUUCGAACGAACCGACUACACUCACCCGGACGAUCAAACUACACUACUAUCGUAAUUGUUUAUUAGACAGACUGGACUAGCUGCAUAUAUGUUAGAAACAUAUUAAGCAUGGUAAGAUAUGCGUUACCUCAACCAAUCAGGUGCGUUACUAAGACGGAUUGCUUUCUGAACUCUUGUGUUUUCCGACAGUUAAAAAACUACUCAAGUGAGUGUUGUACGAAAUCCGGAAUUGCUCUGCUUUUUAUUCACUCCGUUUUGUGAUUAGUUAAAAAAAAAAUCACGCCACCCUCUGAUCCAAUUAGAUGCAAGACUAAAACUUAUCGCGUCUUGGCCACUUGCGUUUUCCCGCGCUUCAAAGAGGUGGCUUGUUUUUACUCUGGGCUUUCAUUGGCUUAUUUUGAUGUUGAUCUUUGUUUUGAUGGGCCGUUGUAAUUGCACGGGCUUUAGUUAUUGUGACAGCAGAUCGACUUUAGCUUUAAGAACACGUGUCGAUUUGUUAUGUUGCUUGUGAUCCCCAGCCUUCGCUCUCAUUUUCUGAGAAGAUAUUUGAACUUUGGAUUUGGUUUCUUGGCGUUCAAUCGAAGUGUGCUCCAUAGAGGUUAUUUCAUUUUCCUUUUUUCCCUAUGGAACAGGUUUUGUCACGUGGCAUGUGGGUUAAAACUGGUUCUCACAUUGUGUCUCCUGGCUCCACCAAAGCGUCCUUCACCAUCCAGUCCAAAACAGAAAUGGCGCCUAGUGCUCGUCUAUUGGUUUACUGCAUAAAACAAAGUGGGGAAGUUGUUGUAGACAGUCUGAAUAUCGAAGUAGAGAAUCCUUUCCAAAAUGAAGUGAGGACCUUCUUUAGCUUGGUGUUCAUCAUCAUCUUUAUCUGCUUCUCUUUCCCUAUUUCCUCUCCCUCUUCCUCUCUAUCUUCUCCAUCCUUUUUCUCCCCAUCUUUAUUUUCAUCUGCUUCUGUGCAUCUUCCGUCUCCUCUUCUUCUCUCUAAUCUUGUUUUUCUCCCUCUCCAUCUCCAUUUACACCUUCGUCUUGUUCUUCGUCUCCAUCUUCAGGUUUCUGUGACAAUCGACACCAACAAUAGAGACAGCGUCGCUCCGGGUGACAUGGUAACUAUAAAAGGGAAAGCAACUCCAGGAUCUUUCAUUGCCUUCCGAGCAGUCGACAAGAGUGUACUUCUCAUGAAGGAGGAUACAGACCUGUCUGUUAAGAAGGUUCUAGAAGAGCUUCAAAGUUACGACUCGGCGCAAGUUUGGUAUCCAUUUUGGGACUGGGGCAGGCGAAGUAGACGUCGUAGAAUGAUCAUGCCUUAUCCCUCUUCAGGACGCAAUGCGGCAGCAGUCUUUGAGGUAUUUAUGUGAAACUGAGGCAAAAGGACGAGACAAAUGGAGAAACAUGUUCCGGGAAUAAAUUUUUGCCACACUUUCGUUUGCUUUUGUUGCCGACGAAUCGUGCCCGAUUCAUAAUUUUUUCCAUUUUUACGAAAAAUAGAAGGGUAAAAUUCCAACUUGACCAUGUGAAAGUGGGUACGUAGAAACAACAGCUUAGCUUACUCAGUUCACAUAUUUUAACUCAGGAGGGGUGUUUCUUGAGUGGUUCUGAUUUGGGGGGAGAUCUGUGGGGGUAAUCGAUUCUUGAAUCAGCACCGAUGUCAUAACGCCCUUUUUUCGAUGCCCGUUGAUUGUUUUACUUUGUAAAAGCUCUACUCUACUUGAGAGAGACCUCAUAUCGCAUGUGGAACUGUAAGUUUUUGUUUGUUUGUUUGUUUGUUUUUAUCAGGGGUGGUACCUUGGGUUUCUUCCCAUCCUCUCUCUUAUAGUGUGACUAAAGAUGCUCUUAAGUGGCCAGAUAUAAGACUAAUAACACUUUUGUUGAUGAGCAACCUCUCCUUGCUGCUGACACCUUUCAUUUCUUACCCUCCCCUGCCCCCCCUUCAACUCACAAAAAUUAUCUGUACACCGUUUUUGUUUUCAUUGGCAGAACUCUGGUCUCGUUGUUAUCACUGACUAUGAAUUGCCAGGGGGCUUUGAUGACCGAAUGAUAAUGAUGGCACCAAUGCCGAAUAUGGAGUCAGGUGUGUAAGAAUACAUUUCGUGGUGUUUAUUUGGAGUAUUGCCACCUCGUGAGUUAAUCUAGCUUAAAUGUUUGUCAAAAAACUGCGAGUCUUCACCUCAGGGUUCUGUCAGAUAUUAUUCAACGUUAAUUGCUUUCCGGUUGAUUUCCGAUAAGAUUCUAUUAUAUAUUUAAAUGAGAGAGACCAGAGAGGGAGAUCAAAUUGAUUAAAAAAGGUUUCGGAACACAGCAGACUCGUCAGUCUCAUUUACGACAGUUCGUACAAAUCUGGAAAGUCAUGGGUCUUGCGAGCUUAUCAUAGAAUGGCAUAAGAAAAUGACCCAUAACCAUUUCUUUAAAAGGGAAAAAAACCUUAAAUAACUAAAGCUUCCAACAAAUGCUCGCUUUCACACUAGAAUUGAGUGUCGAAGGUAUUUCAGGAUUAUUAUGACUGUGGUUUUGCUUUACUUCGCUUUGUGUUCGGUCUAGUAAACUCUCGCCAGUUUUUCAACCGAUCAGAUUCAAAACUAAACCCAAUCUGAAUAUUUCACGGAAAGUCAGAAAAUUUUAUUGGCUGAAACGAGUAAGAACCUUCAAACUGAUUUCAAAUAAAGAAAAAAAAGGAAUUAAAGGCUACAUUAGCGUGGCUUUGACCACUUUUAAGGGGUUAAAAGCCACUAAACCUUAGUCGCGAACGUUGGAAAAUUUUGUUUUGCGUUUAGUUCGCCUUAUCACAUCCAUGUGCGACAAUGGCUAAUCAUUUUUAUGCGACAGGAGUUUGUAUUGUUGUUGUUAUUCAGUCGACUCUCUUUUGUAUCACUUCAUACAUACGUGCUGCAGCAGAUGGGGAAAUUAUGUUCAAAGCAAAUAGUAACGGCGGUGGCGCGCCCAAGCUUGCUGAAGUGAAGCGCGUCAGAAGUCUGUUCCCUGAGACCUGGAUCUGGUUGGAGUAUGAUGUCAAGUAAGUGACUUACGGUGUAAAUUAAUUUUGAACGGAGAGAGGAAAUUGAUUAUUUCUCCUCUUAGUGGAUGUUGUCGACCUGUUUAGGUAACGUGACGAAUUGCUUGGGGUUAACUGCCUUUACGCUGGCAAACCUGUAUUAAGCAUUUAAUUGUAGGAAUAGCUUUUGACUUGUGAGACGCAAUGUCCUGCCGAUUUGAGUAUCGGUGACUAUUUGGAAUAGUCACGAUCUUGCGCUGUUCACGAUAAAGCGCCUGAUAGUCAAACAAUUGAAGCCACCGGUACUUAUAAGGUAAGGGAUAAUCGAGUAUGCGAGGCGGUCAUCUUUUUUAUCUUUUGUGGCUAAUCUAUAGAAGUUGAAUAUUUGUUGCUCAGUAACCAAAUUGCAAAAGAAAAAAACAAACAAAAUAAAGCAGAAAAAUGGAACAGAGGUUACACAAAAACACAAACACAAGCAAGUUAAAAAAGAUUUUAAAACCAAGGGAAAUGCUUCUUUGUUUGUGACUUUUUGAUAACUGAGAACCUUCCGUCGUGAGCCUGUAUAAAAAAAUGUUUGUGAACCGUCUUUUUGGUAUUAGUUCUGCCAACUGAGAACCCUCUGUCGUGAGCCUGUAUAAAAAUGUUCGUUUACGGUCUUUGUUAGUAGUUCUGCCAACUGAGAAUCCUCUGUCGUGAGCCUGUAUAAAAAUGUUCGUUUACGGUCUUUGUUAAUAGUUCUGCCAACUGAGAACCCUCUUUCGUGAGCCUGUAUAAAAAUGUCUGUUUAUAGUCUUUGCUAUAAGUUCUGCCAAUUGAGAACCCUCUGUCGCGAGCCUUUAUAAAUGUAUUUUUAUGUUUUUUUUGUCAGUUCUGCAGGCGAGGUUGAAUUUCAGCGGGCUGUCCCUGAUACACUAACCACAUGGGUAACCAGUGCUUUUGCUGUGUCCAACGUUACCGGUCUCGGUGUUGGAGAACUUAAACCACAGGUUGGUGUUACUUUUUGAGGGUGAUUGCUUAACUCAUUACGCCCUAACAUCAAAAUGCAUAUUUUCCGAACUGUUUUCUAUAAAUUUUCUAUGGUACUCCUUGACAAGGACAAUUUGUUUAACAAUCAAGGGCUUCUUAAGCUGAAGAUUAUUUCCUAAAUUUUUAUAAUUUUUUUUUCUGUUUGAUUCAGCAGCGAUACUGCAAAGAGAGUUCAGAUAAUAAUUACUCUUAGGGGUUAAAAGAUCCACACAUUGCUCUGGAGCUACGCUCCUAUUCCCUAUUCAGAGCGCUUUGGUAGCUUUUAGCUAAUAAGCUCGUUGGUCAAUCCUGUAGCUGUUUAAUCCGGUUGAAUGAAAACCUUGAUUUUAAAUGCAGCUAUCUAUUUCUAAUAUUUCUCUUAAUGGUACAAGUCAUUAUAUUUUUUAACCUGGGUUUGAAGGAGUUCUAUUUUUCUGGCCAUUAGGUGAAAGUGUUUCAGUCGUUCUUCGUAUCUUUGAAUCUUCCAUACUCUGUUGUUCGAGGCGAAGAGCUCGCUCUGCAGGUCACUGUCUUCAAUUAUGAGGCUGAGAAACAGCUGGUAAGUUAAACAAGUAACUAAAUAGUUAUUGAAAAUGGGUUAUGAAAGAGUAACGAACGAUUCGCGAACGAAUUACGAACGAUUAACGAACGAGUAACGGACGAUUAACGAACGAGUAACGAACUUGUAACGAACGAGUGACGGACGAUAACGAACGAUUAACGAACGAGUGACGACGAUUAACGAACGAGUAACGGGCGAUUAACGAACGAGUAACGGACGAUUAACGAACGAGUAACGAACGAUUAACGAACGAGUUAUGGACGAGUCACACACGAGUAACGGACGAUUAACAAACGAGUUACGAACGAUUAACGAAUGAGUAACGAACGAUUAGCAAACGAGUAACUAACGAGGAACGAACGAGAAACAAACCAAGAAGUGAGAAGUGACGAUUGACAAAACCUUAACCUGUCCUCGCGUUUGUUGUUGUUGAUGAUUUUUCUUUGGGAAGCCGUGUUUGCACCUUUUGUAAUCGUAGGAUUAUUUGAACUGGUCAAUUUUCACAGUGUAGGUCUUGUGUGUAUGUUUGAUUUAAUCACUGAAGCCACAUUGUCAUGAAGGCUACAGAUAGAAGAAGUUUAUAACUUGAUAGGAUCUUUUCCGUUGUAGAACCAAUCGAAAGUUUUGUCCCUUGAAUAAAGGAACCCUUCUAGAGGCCAAAAAGAGAGGCUCUACAGAGAGGCCCAAAGGAGAGGCCUAAAAGAGAGGUUGCAUAUUCUCUAACGUAGUCGUCAACUCAAUGACUUUUUUUGUUUUCUGCCAAGGUCACAGUGACACUGAAAGCUUCCAAAGACUGGGCUAUCAUAGAUGAAGUAAACAGCCUUGGGCUAAGGGGGCAAAGCUCCGUAAACAAGGAUUAUGUCGACAAAGCAAUGGACCUUUCAGUGGAGAUUGAGGUUGGGGCCGGCGAAGGAAAAGCUGUGUCGUUCCCCGUGGUCCCGAAAACAUUGGGUCAGGUACCAAUUGAAGUUCGAGCUCAAUCUGUGUCCAACGCUGAUGCUGUUAAAAGGAACUUGUUGGUAGAGGUAAUGAUGCAAACAGUUGUGGAAAAUUGUUUCUAUUCAUGGAAAUUGUGAUGCGAAAUCUAAGAAACUUGUAAUGGUAACAGGACCGAAAAGAGGAGAAUUAAGUUUGUCACCAUGCGAUCAAUGACAUGACGUCUUCACUUUAAAAGUGUGGUAUUUGAAAUGUAACAACUUUUUCAAAAGAUAAUAUGGUUUUAUCAAUUUAGUUGAUAACAGAAAUUGACCGCCGUUAAGAGUUUGUAAGCUGACGUUUCGAUUGUUAAACCUUUGUCAGAGCGAAAGACGAAAAGCUCAACGUUCGAAACGUCACGUUUAGAAACUCUUUUUGGUGGCCGACUUACAUUAUCAACUCAGUCGUUAAAAUCUAAUUAUCAUGUAACACCCUCUACCGACUGCGACGCAGCACCACAGUUUCUGUAGAAACUAACCCCGUUAUUUCUUUUCUCACAGCCAGAGGGAGUGCCACAGGAAUAUUCUAUCAGCGUGUUAUUGGAUCUUAACUCCAGUAUGUAAAACCUUUCUUAAAGCCAGUUGUAUUGUUGCUCUCAGUCAGUUACCACUUGCCAAAUGUUUUACAGCUCAUAUUGGUGUUGUAACAUGGAUCGACUGUUUUGUGUGCUCUUUGCAGCCUCAAGUCUUACACGCACACUGGAUCUGAGUGUACCAAAGAACACCGUCAAGGGAUCUGCGACAGCCACAGUGUCCAUCAUGGGUAAGUGUUGUCAUCGAGAUCAAUUUUCAUUGAUUGAUGCCGAGAUGAAUGAUGAAUGAUUGCUUUCUGAGUUUGUUGUCGGUUCUUUUAUGUCUUUCUCUCUUACCGAGCUAAGAUUUUUUAUUUUCCCUUAGUUGAACGUAGCCUGUUGCAGGCAUUUAGGUAAUGAAACUGAGCGAAAUAGUGAACGGCGCGAUUUUAGCGGCAGUGCGAAAACAAGAGAGGUCUGGGUUUAGUCGUUCAUUACGCAACGCGAUCCAGACCUCCCUCGUCUCUCACUCCUCCGAUAGUAUAUCGCCUUUUAUCAUCGCGCUUCGUUUUACGACAGGCUAGUGUUACGUAGUUUUCACGCGCAAAAAAAUGUAUAUAUCUUUGCAAAACUUCACUUCAGUUUCACCUUUUUUGAGUUUUCGUAGACUGGUUAGAGUAGAACUGAAAAAAUCUUGGACGUUCUAGUAGCGGAGGGACGGAGUCACUCGCCCACAUUCUACUCCAUGUAAAAACUUGUAGACUUCGAGCACCACGAAACACUUCCGUUGUGGUUUACGUCCUGUUGUAACACUCCUACAUUUCUCUUCUCCAGGUGACAUUCUUGGAUCGUCUCUGAACAACCUGGAUAAGUUGCUGCGCAUGCCCUAUGGUUGCGGUGAACAGAACAUGAUUAAUUUCGCUCCAAACAUCUACGUCAAGAAAUACCUGAAGACAGUGAACCAACUUGCGGAUCAAAUGGAACGGAAAGCCAAAACUUUUAUGAUCUCAGGUUAGUGCUGAAAACUUUCCGAGCAAACAACGUUUUUAGCCCUUGUCCGAAUAUUGAAACAGACCUGAAAACCAAGUACUUAAGGGAUUACUGACGUGGUAUUCAGGAUGUUGUUAGUCACUCUCUGUUACAUUCGCACAAUUAUACAACAAACAGUGGCUUUUGGUUGUUCUGCGAGCAAACUCUGUUAAAGUUCUUUAUUUUUCUGUAAUUUGAUUGGUUACUUUAAGCAAGCCUUGAAAUCUGAUUGGUUGCUGUGUUUAGUAAAGCUUUCUCAUUGGUUAGGGGACAAAAAUGCGAUUUAGAGCCAAAAAAUGGUGCGAUUUGUGAACGUAUCACACCAAUGAGGACCAAUCGUAUUGCAAGGAUCACCAUUGAUUUCAAAAUAGAUGUAAUAAAUAGUGUAAUCUUUUCCCAUAAAACGCCAAAAAGCGACCUCGAGCAUUCCUCAGCCAUAUUGAUAGAGCAAGCCUGGGCAGUGAUAGCGCAAAUGAUUUUACUGCAUCGUUUAUAGUUCAUACUUGUUCCUUUUCACAGGAUAUCAACGUGAACAAACCUAUCGUCAUCGUGACGGCUCAUACAGCGCUUUCGGUGAACGUGAUUUAUCUGGAAGCAUGUGGUAAGAACGUGGAUUUGACAAUGUUGCACUUCAAGCAAGGAUGAUAUCAAUGAGAAGGGAUUUAAACACAAAGUAGAACUUACAUAAGAUAGAGUAAAAGGAAUUUGUAAGUUAAGGGAUAAUUUCAAUUAUUCAUUCUAUUCCAAGAAAACCGAGGCGAACUUUUCGAGGGUGAUAUUUAACAAUAUUCAUCAUUGCGCAAGAACAUCGCAUAUCGGCAUCCCUAUCCUCGUAAUAUGCGGGAAGUUUGUCACCAUAGAUAUAGGUAAACGGCCUAAUCUGCCGCAAGUCUCCUAUAGCUCGGUGAUAAAGCAUCCGAGGUACUAAUCGGAAGGUCGUAGGUUCGACUCUUAUCGGGAACACUCAGUAGAGCAUCCGAAGUACAAAUUGGAAGGUAGCAGGUUCGAAUCGUAUUGGGAUUACUUGCAGUUCUUUUUCCGAGUAUGCCAGUGUUAUUCACUGAAUGACGUCAUCUUUUACUUUCAAUUUUCAACAGGAUCUUUUUUUUCCUUCCCUAAGGAUACUUAAAAAGCUUGUUUCCUCCAUACAAUUAAACCUUGUUGUUUCUCCUUCCCCAUUAGGCUGACAGCAUUUGUAGCAAAGUCUUUUGCACAAGCGCGCGCGUUUAUACCUGAAUACAUCGAUGACGAGUUGUUAGAAGAAAGCUUGGAAUGGAUGUCACGUCAGACAAACAUUGACAAAUCCUUCAGGAAAGUUGGAAAAGUUCACAGCUCUGUUCUGAAGGUAAUGUGUUUUGUUAACCACCAAUCAGGUCAGAAUCGAUGAUCAUGCGGCAAUACUUGCCUAUUUCCUUUUUCUUGUAGGGAGGUCAAACUGGUGCAAUCUCACUCACGGCUUACGUCCUUGUUGCUUUGGCUGAGGCGAACUCAAAGUCACAGGUAAGAUUAUUUUGAAUUUAUAUUUCCCACUCCCCACCGGUUCCGAAUUGAUCAGGGUUUCUUCAGGUCCUGGAAAAGCUGAAAAGUCCUGGAAGUUUAUUUUAACUUUUUCCAGGGCUGGAAAGUCUCCGAAAAAGACUACAGGUCCUAAAACGUCUUGUAGAUCUACUUAACUCAACCAAUAAAGUUUUCAGAAUUUACGUUAAAAAUAUGUAUACCGUAAGGAGAAUUGAUUUUGAAGUAUUGGGAAUGAAAGGUUUUAAGGUGAAAUUUGGAGUCCUGGAAAAUCAAUCAGAGUUGUGGAAAAGAUCCUGGAAAAGUCCUGAAAUUUGUUUCGGAAAGAAAAAGGGUGCGAACCCUGUUAAUGUAUUUCUUUUACGGUGGAAGGGCGGGGAGAAGAUGACAAAAUACAUCGAGGUUGGGAAGGGUAAAGAGAGAUUGUGUUCACCCUUUUAUAAGAAGUUAUAAUGCGCAUCGUAAUUAUAAAUAGGAUGCUUUGUCCAUACAUUAGCUCUUCUUUAAAAUGAGGAUAAUUGUAAUAGAAAAUUACGAAAGCGCGAAAAGUUAACGUUACAUACUUCUUUGUGGAGAUGACUUUUCUGUGAAAAGAUUACUAUUCGCGAAGGGUAUAGUUGUUGUAAGUGAAGUGUUGUAGUAAGGUACAACGUACUCUCCGUCCUAUCCCCAUUAUUGAAGCGAGCUCCUGAUUUCACCCCCCUGUAGUAGCGUAACCAGCUGUUUCCUGAGAGUUUUUAUCGGCGAAGGCUCGUGCAGAAUAAAGAAGAAAAACGUUUUCGCGUGCAGUGUUUUCCGCGACUUAAUUACUUUGAUCGAGCGCAGUUAACCGACUAAUUUUGUAAUGAAGAGUGUUUGGAGGGCGUCAAAAGAGCAUGCCUUAAAUUCCGAGUUUUAAAUAUCUUUAAAGGUGACCCAUUUUGAUUUCAGACUGUUAUUAACGCCAAGAAUGGAGCCAUAAGUUUCUUGGAAGGCAAGGUUCAAGCUAUGUCAAGUGAUAUACAAGACGCUUACACGUUAGCAAUCACCGCAUACGCCCUGGGGCUGGUCGGCAGCGCCACGAAAUGGAAAGCACUCACGGAACUGCGUAAAUUGGCCGUAGAAAGAGGUAUAAGUUGAGCAUGCGCAGAGGUCGUAAACGUAAACGGACAAGGGAAGUGAAGAAUGCCAAGGGAAAGAGAGCGGAAUCUGUGAAACCAAGCCUACAAAGCUCCUUUUCCUUAGAAGGCUUCCUUUGUCUUAAGUGCAGGAGACAUGGCGGUCUAAUGGUUAGAGUGGUAGGGGGGGGGGUCUACGAUGAACUUGCAGCCAUGCAGGGGGGAGGAACAGUACUCCAAGUCACUUCAUGCUAAUUGAAUCGGAUUAAGCCCAGCAUGAAAGAUCCAGAAGGGUUAUUUAUGUUGUAAUCGAAAGUUUCUUCCCAUGCGGAAAAUUCUAGGCACCUCUCAGAUCGUGCAUCGAUCAGCAGUAAACGUCUGCUUAGCCUGUUAGAUUACAACUUUUUGAGGUCAUGAAAUUUGAUACACUCUUCAUAUUCCACACCAUGAAUUUCAGAUGGUCUUAUUUACUGGCAAGAAAAACCGGAAGGCAACAAACCAAACGACAAUCCGUGGUGGCGCCCAUAUUACCGUCCGCGAUCAGCUGACAUAGAAAUCACUGCUUACGCUCUGCUAGCUUUCACACUCAACAAAGAUAUAAGCGUUGGUCUGCCCAUCUCCCGCUGGUUGUCUCAGCAGAGAAACUCGCUCGGAGGAUACUCGUCAACUCAGGUGUGGUGCAGUUUUUGUAGUUUUUUUUGCUUUUUUUUUUUAAGAUUAAUUGAGUUUAUAGAGCAAUUUUCAAUUGAAUGUCGAAAGUAAUCCGGAAUUGUUUCGCUUUAGCUUAACUUUGUUCUGUGAUUGGUCCAAAAACACUCGCACCAUCCUCUCAGCCAAAAAGGUACAAAAUUGAAAACAAUAGCGACUUGGUCAUUCACCGGCGUUUCCCGCGCCUCAAAGAAUAUCCUUGUUUUCAUUUUGAGUUCUCUUUGGCAAACAGUUUUGUUAGCUUUUGUUCUGAUUGGAUAUUAGAUGACAGAUAGCUGACGAGGCCCGUUAGGCCGAGUUGGCUAUAAUCAUCUCAUAUUCCACAAACGUUGGUGGAAUGAUGUGUUCAUGAAAAACGCCCCAAAAUAUGGACAAGUCUUCCUAAAUUGUUUUUGUAAGAAUCGCGCACCAAAUUUGUAGAGCAUGGUAUAAUGGCUCAUAACCCAUGAUGGCUAAGCCAAUGAAAGCUCGGGAAUUGCAUCAUCUAAUGAUCCAGUUUUUAAUAACUGUGAUUAUAACGUAUCUUCUUUCAGGACACGGUGAUUGGACUCCAGGCCCUCUCGGAGUUCGCCGAGUUAAUUUAUGCGCCUGAUAUCGACUUCACAGUUCGUUUGAGUCUUACUGGGGAUCCGUUCUUCAGCAAAACUGUAACUGUCAAUCAACAAAACUCCAUGGUGCUACAAUUAGUAGAGGUAACGUCGUAAUUUCUUCUUGAAUCAAAACAUAUUUAUGUGUGUUAUUUAUCAGGCGGGAGGUCCGUAUGGGAAAACUUUGUUCGAGGUAUCGUGUGCGGCUCGAAGCCGAAGACUGAGCGCCUUACUCGAGAACUAGGGCAAAGUUGUCUCGCAUACGGACCAACUUAGAGCGGUAAAUAACUUAUUUUGAUAACUUAUUGUAGAUUGUGAAACAUGCAGAGUUAGUCCAUACAAUUUGGGAAAGGUUUUACUUAAAAUUUUGUUGUGAACAGAUUCCAGAUGUGGCUGCAGCAGGCUCUCUGAAAGUAUCGGCAGAUGGUCGUGGAGUAGGAAUGUUACAGGUUAGAUUCAACUGGUUUACAGUACUGCAAUGAAAGCGUUCGAUAGUCUGAACAUUUAAGGCCAGAGGCUUGAUAAUUUGUUCUGGUCAUUUAGUUUCUUCGGAGAUAGGAAUGUUUCAAAGCGGCAUCCUUAGAAAAAAAAAAAAACCACGAGCCUCGAACGCAAGCUCAUCAGGCUUAUUCUUUAAAUUCCUAGAAAUAGUCCAAAUUUUUCUUCUUCUCACGAUUUCAAUGUACCAUCUGGAAGAAAAUCGACCAAAGGAGACGCAUGUUAGUUAAGGGCUGAUAUCUUGAUAACACAUGAAAUUCUCUUCGCUAAUGUAUCGCGGCUUGAAUGGAAAAUAGAAAAUUAGAUUGUGUAAUACUCCGCUGUUAUGUAACUGUUGGUCUCCCGUCACCGAGGUGGUUAAGUGAGCGUGUUACGUAACUGGACCAAACGACAGCUACGAAGGAGACUAUAUAACUGUAUGACCGAUGAUAACUUUAGUAUUCCCCUACAGGUGGGUGUCACUUAUAACGUGGACAAAGCCCCUGACGAAAACUCGUUUGAUUUCCUCUUGGAAGUCAUCCGGGAAACUGAUUAUGAGAUCGAAGUGCAAGCGUGUUCCAAGUGGACUGAGAACGAUCAGAGCUCGGGUAUGGCGGUCAUGGAUGUCGGGAUUCCUUCAGGAUUUGAAUUAGACCAGAACAGUGUCGAUAAGGUGAGACCUUCCAUUAUGAGUUUGACGAGGUGCUAUUUUUCUUUAUCAAAAUGAUACGGUUAAUUGUUUAUGAGUUAAAAAGUAAACCGUCUUUGGCUGCAGUGACUUUUGUUAUAAGUCUAAGGUGGGGGGGGGUGAGAGGGAUUUUGAUUGUGUUAAAAUAAAAUUGACCUGAUAAAACCCCCCCCCCCCCAUUGACAACCAAUUUUCUACAGUUCCCCCCUUUAAACUCUGUCAGAGACGACUGAUACCUUGCUCCGUUCCCCUAGAAAACCAUGUGAUCCCUUCCAAAAUAAUUCGACCCCGCCCCCUCUCUCCCCUCCCCGGCGCUAAAUAUUGACUGGUCCCUAUCAACCUGGUAGGCUGGUAGCGAAGAUGGCGGUCUGGGUCAAAAAAAGGAGUUAAGAUUACGUACCUGUGUGCCGGUUUCUCUCUGCAGAUUAUGUCGAACCCAUCUCUGAAGCUGAAGCGUGUCGAGACGGAAGAUCGCAAAGUGCUUUUCUACUUUGACGAGGUGACUUACACAAGGUUACAGUUCAUGAUAACAAUUUUUGAAGGUGUUAUUACUUUGUUUAAAGUAUUGAGAUUACCAUGUUUGAUGUGUGAGUCACAGCUUCAUGAAAGUGACUCAUUCGACGACACGGAUUUUGAACAAACAUUCCAUUGUCCUAAUGUGUGUGGAUGAGCUGCAAAAGAGUUGGUCAAACUAUGUAGCUGAUUAACAAACCUUUCUUUUGAAUUACAGAUCCCUUCAAGUCGAAAGGUGUGCGUGAAAGUGUUGUUUCAGCGUGCUUUUGACGUAGGAAAACCUCAGCCCUCUUCAGCAUCCGUUUACAGCUACUACGAGCCAGGUACGAGAUGAUAUUCGCAAUAAAAAUGAUUUGUUUCUCUCUUAUCAUAGUUACUUUAAUGCGCUUUCCGUGAUGUGGGUCUUAACAAACAUGGGAUUUAGUCACCAAAUUUAGUGUGGUUCAACACUGACUAACCCUCGGACCCUUAACCCUUUAACUCCCAUGAAUGACCAAGACAGAAUUUCUCCUCCCAAUAUCCUUACAAUAUCAAGUACACAAGUGAUGAGAAUAAGGAAAAAUAUCAUUUAGGGAAUUAUUAGUUGAUCCUAUACCAAAUUCUCCGAACUAACAUCAUAAGAAUAGUAUGGCAGACAGUUGAGAGAAUUACUGAUGAAAUCUUGGGAGCGAAAGGAUUAAGAGUGCCUAGCACAUAAUUUCUCCUUACGGUUUAAGCCCUCAAUCAAACAGUAAGGUCUUGAGAAUGAAGAAAUGAUCGUCACUCAAUGAAGCUCCUGAUUAAUAAACGAAUUCUCCUUGUUUGUAGCCUAGGAAAUGUAUAUAGAACAGUAUGAAGAAUAUGCGCACUGAUGUUCGAUUGUUAAGGAUUUAGGAACCGGUCCCUUUCUUAUGUAGAAGGAGGGGAAGGAAAUUUUGAAAAGAUCGAAAUUUCUAUGAGCCUUCAGACAUGUAAAUGGCAAGUGACCCUCCCCCUCCCCCUCCCCCAUCAUUAUUCAAUAUUUACGCGAUGACCCCUCCGUCACCUCAUAUCUCUUCUUAUGUGCCUUGUAAUGAUUAAAAUUAAUUCACGUACAACCAUAAGUUGAUUUUCCAAUGAUUUUCCUUCAGUUGUAAAAGGAAUACUUUCUUGUUGUUAUUUCGUGUUUAAUCACUUCUUGGGUUAUUGAUAUGACAAGCAUUUUGUCAAAGGAAAAUUCAGUCGAACCAAAUAUUAAAGCAGGUGGGUUCGGAUUGUUUAUAUACUAAAAAUUUGGGACAACGAAGGAAUUUUGAGUGCAAGCAGUAUAUCUGUGAAAUAAAAAUCACACUUUAUAACUUUCAUAUAUUCACAGUCAUUAAAAAUCACUAAGUUGUACAAAAUAGUGGUUAAACAAAAGAAAACAAUAGAAUUAACACAAUAACUGUACGAUUUAGCAUCACUUUUUCACAUAUUUUGUUUACACUCUACUAUUUACCUGUUUUACCUGCUUUGGGCAAUGGACCAUUUUAAAAUGUUCUUCUGUAUAAGAGGUUAAAUAGGCCCCCCCCUCUGGCCAAUCUGAAACCCCCCUUCUUUUUCGUCUUGUAAUUCUCGCUUGUGUACAUUCGCGAGCUACUCUUCCACUCCCAGCCGUCAGAAGGGUACCAUCGCAUUAUCCAAAAAACAGGGUGAGAUAAAAUAGAGAAACUGUAACAGAUAUUGUUAUGGCACCAAAUUCUCGUAACAAAUUUUCAAGGAAAUAUACAGCAGGCAGAAGGAACAAAUAUGGAAGAAUUGGAUAUAUGGGGUUAAAAAAUUCAUGAAGUCAAAAGAAUUAUGCUAAUCCGCUGAAUCCCUCGCAAAAUAACAUCUUUUUUAUCCUCUUUUUUUUAGCGAACCGUGCCGAAGCUUUAUAUGCUGUAGACUCUCUCAAAGAUAAAGGGGUCUGCCGUGUUUGUGCGGACUGUGUGAACUGUGAAGCGUCAGACGAACCUGAUGUUAAACGAAAGAGUUCUGCACCUGGAGUGUCGGUUCAAGUCGGAAGCUGUGUACUGAUGGUGUUGUCUCUGAUAUUGAUGGCUGCAUUGCAGUAGCUCCCGUUGCCACAGGGAGGACCUUUCAAGGGCAGCAUAUGACACAAAAGUAUUUUUUUUUCAGUCACGAUUUUGCGUUACGUUGGUUCACGUCAGUAUCCUAAUACUCUUUUUUAUACCGCAGCUCUGUAGUUUGAAAGUAACAAUAGAUACGAACGAGUAUAUCACUCUAAACAAUUUAAGACCGAUCGAUUUAGAGCACUACAGGCCUUUCUAGAUUUUGUAACAUUAGGGUAAACUUUUUAGGGUCUUAAACCUUUUAGAUUAAAAUAAACGUUUUAAGGUCCUCUACAGUUAAUCUUUCGGUCUUUAUUCAACAAAUGCACCCAUGAAACUGAAAAAAUUUGUAAGACAUCUUCUGUCAGUGUUAUGGAACGACAUUUGCAAAUAUACUAUUAGAUAUUCACGUUUUUCGACGUCAGUGGAGUACAUAGUUGAAGCCCUUUUUAAAAAAAAGCACACCACAGAUAUGCCCUAGGGGUGCACCUUGUAAUUUCAUAGUAUUUAGCAUAAUCCUACAAAGGCUGAAGAAAGUUUUCCUCGUCUCCUAUUGCAUAUAAACCAUUUCAGCCAGGUAGCCUUCACAUAUUCAGAGAUCUCUCUUUUAUUUCAAAUAUGGAUAGAUAUUAAGUGAUAGCAUUUAAUUAGGAUUUUAAACGUACUUAAUCGUUUUAAUGUAUUAUUUCGCAUACAUCCACCAAAUAAACUUAUUGC